AUGUUGGGCAGAGCAUCAGAAUCGGCAUCAAGCAAGUCAAAAACCGCCCGCGACAUCUUCAAGGGCCUCUCCGAAACCCCCAGUAACGAAGCUGUCCAGGCUUACACAGGAUAUUUCCAGAGAGACCCACAUGGUUGUCGCUAUAUUUCGCUUCUGAAAAAUAUGAUUCACUUCCUGGUUGAUAAGUCUGACAUUCAAAUUGACCCCAGUGCACUACCAUCUGCUGUUGAUGAAGAGACAGUUUCCGAAGAGACCGUCCGUUUGAGAGUUGUGAAUCGACUGCUCGAAGAGUUCAGCGAGGACUUCGACGACCAUUACUACCAUUACAUGAAUCCUGAUACCGCAGAACAGCUUGAAGAGUUCGAAGAAGGACAAUACACGAAGGUCGUCGAGGUGUUCUACUUCUGCUCAAACCGGAUAGAGCGGCAGCCAUCCAACUUGACCCGAAGCGCUGCUAUCAAAACAGCCAAGAAGAUCAGGGGAGAAAAGGGGCAGGCUAGACACAAAAAGUGGGAUGCGGAAUUUAAUGAGCGACGCAAUCACUGGCAAAUGGAUAUGGCCGUUUCCCGAGCAGGUACAAGAGAGAGCGACACCGGCAAUCCAGCGGCCAUCGAACAUAGCCUACAAAAAGAUGUAGCCUUGGAAGAAAAUGCUGGAGGAUCUUAUGCGAAGACAGAAGUGUUACUUCCAAUUCCGCUGGAUCUCAUAUCGGUGGACCGAACGCAGGUUUUGACCUAUCUGAUCCAGAAGGUCGAAGAGCUCCAUUCCGAUCGUUACGCAUCUUUUUUACAGCAUUGUUCUACUGUGGACAUAUGUGCAAAGCUUGAGGAUAUUCUGACGCCUGGUGUGAGACGGGUUAGUGAUGACGGGCCAUCCUCUUUGAAAAGGUUACAGUCGAUCGGAGGGGAUACCGAAAGCACUGCCGCUGGAGUCUACCUGCACAUUAUCUGGCUUCCAGAAGAGCCCGAACGUUUCUGGUUGUACGUUGGCCAAGCAACAGACCUGGCAAGAAGGAUAGCGGAUCACAACAACAAGAUUUACCGCAAAAAACAUCUCAGCCUCCAUUAUCACAUAUGGGAUUCGAGGGAAGAUACGUGCUCGAAGUCUGUUGUACUUGCUACAUGUGACCCGAGUACCAAGGGACAGACUGUCUUUAGAGCUGAUCAAUGUUGUCUGAACCUUCUGGAGAUGUGGAUGGCAUGUCUGUUCCAGACCCUCACUGCAAGGGAUCUCGACAAAUAUCUAUCUCCAUCUAUCAGCCGGUCGUCCGCCGGUCGCCACCUCAAUGUUGUGCCACCCAUAUGGCAAAGGUUCCAAGAUGAAACUGUGCCAGAAAGAAAAGAAGUUUUCGAUCGACCAAGCUUCCAGGCACUUCUACGCUCGGAGGACGCAGCUGUUCGAUCAUGGGCGCAGAAAGCCAGAGACUCAUACAAUGAUAUCCGAAACUCCCCCGACCCAGAACUACGCAAAUAUUGGCUUGAUAAUAACAAAAGACAGCUCCAGCAGGCUUGGAGCUCCAAUCAACAGAGCACCAUUGCCAGGACGAAGGAGUACCUCAAGGGCAAGAAAACCACUGUCAAGUGUGCUCCAGGCCGCAGUCGUGGCUUUGUUACAUGCGGAAAAUUCAUCAUCUCUGUGCCCAGUUCGCUAGAGAUCUCACCCGGCAGCAAGCUUAUCGAGCAGUUCCAUCUUUACCAAACGGCGAUUAGUCAUCGCUUUGCGUGUAAGGCGAUGGAUUAUGAUCCAUCGAGCCGACUUGCGAUAUCAAUCAAGGGCCUGAAUGCCUCCGGAAACAAAGUCGACACAUGGCUUCACAGCUCCGGAGAAAACAAACUUGCCAUGCGUAUGAACACGCUUGUUGAUCUACUAGAGGAUGUCCCCUUCAAUGAGACUUGCUUGUUACGUCGCCGUUGGAUUGUCAAUCGCUCGGAGACAGGGAUCGAGCGCCAAACCGAAUACACAGACUAA